GGCACGACAGAUGAAUCUAGUACGAUGGAGGGUGUACAAAGUUUUCUGUCAAGGCUAGAUUUAGCUGAACAUGCGGAAAUGUUUAUGACAAAAGGGUUCGAUACAGAGGACGACCUUACUUACCUAGUAGAAGAAGAUCUGGACUCCAUGUACAUCACUGAUCACAAGGCCAGGCAAAAAAUUCUGCAGGCCGCACCCCACUACAAGCCGAGUAAAGAAUACAUUUUGUACGACUGGUUGAGAGGGAAAGGACUGGACCAUUAUUUCGUGAGUUUCAUACAAAGUGAACUCGUUGACCUUGUUGAUAUUGCUAGACUGAACCUUCCAGACGAGCAGCUGUAUGACGAACUAGAAAUUACUCUGCCAGGACACAAAAGAAGGCUUGAGAGAGCAGUUCGUAGUUUGGCAAAGAAACAUAAAACUUCAUUACCGUCAUUCGUCAAGUGUUCAGCUGAUACUGGAAAACCGGAAGCUGGAGAAAUUACACCAGUUUCCUCACUAGAAAAUGAACUUCCGGUAGCGUACGGAAGAUGGGGUAAACCUCGCUGCCUAGUGGAUGCAAAAUACGACUUUCUCAUCCUUGAUGCAACAGUGGUAUCUACAAAUGAUCCUAGAGAUAGGGUGCAUAUAGAAUUCAUGGUAGACUCUGGAAGUGACGUGGUAACUUUACGACAGGAAGUGCUAGAUACCAUGGACCUUGAACUGAUUGGUCCAAUAAAUAGCAAAGGGGUGCAUGGAUCAAAGGUCAAAAAUUUGUACAGAGCAAAUAUACUGAUUGGAAAUCAGGCCAUUGAAAUUGAGGUUAUGGGAGAAUCCUACGAUUCUAUUGGCAGUAGAGUUAUACGACACUUCCGUCAUUAUAUAAAUGGAACAAGCCAUAUUUGGUUAAGGGGGGACUUUAUAGAUCCAACAUUACCUCAUAAAACAAACAUUUCGGAAAAAGAGGACAUUACAACACCUGUUCCCCUACUCAG